AUGGUCUCCUCAUUGAAAUGUCUUCAGCUCAAUUUAAAGCUGCUUAAAAAAUUUGAAAAUUUUAUGAUUAAAAAAACAUCUUCUAAAAAUCCUUCAGGGCUUAUCCGGAAAAAACAUGUCAAGGUGAAGACAGCUCGAGGACGCAAAGUUUCAUCUCAACGCUGGUUACAAAGGCAACUCAAUGAUCCUUAUGUCUUGCAAGCGCAAUCUCUUGGAUAUCGCUCCAGAGCUGCUUUUAAGCUGAUAGAAGUUAAUGAAAAAUACAAUAUCAUUCAUCCAGGAGAUCGGGUAAUUGACUUAGGAGCCGCUCCUGGUAGCUGGUGCCAAAUUGCCUUAGACUUAGUCGGCCCAAAAGGACAAGUUUUUGCCUUAGACUUAAAAGAAAUCGACCCUCUACCGGGAGUAGAAUUUAUUCAAGGCGAUUUCUUAGAAAGCGCCAUACAAAGUGAGCUUGAAGAAAAACUUACUGGAUCAGCAAACGUUAUUUUAUCAGACAUGGCCGCUUCCUCUACAGGGCAUGCACAAACAGACCAUUGGCGCAUUAUGGCCCUUGCAAAAAACGCUUUUGAAUUUGCAAAAGAUAUUUUAGCACCAGGGGGCCAUUUUUGUGCCAAGGUCCUCAUGGGAGGAACUGAAAAAGAUCUUCUUCAAUCCCUUCGAAAACACUUUGAAAAAGUCGCCCAUUUCAAACCAAAAUCCAGUCGCAAAGACUCGUCUGAAAUGUAUGUGAUUGGCCUUAGGUUUAAAACUGAUGACACCUAA